AUGAGUGGAAUUAACUCAAAUGUAAAUAAUAAUAACAGCAGCAAUAAUAAUAAUAAUAAUAAUAAUAAUGGAAACCAACAACAAAAUAAUGGUAAUAAUAGUCCCAAUAUUCAACCAGUUGAUGAUGCUGAGGAAAAGAGAUUUAUUUCAAAUUUGUUUUAUUUUAUGACACAAAGAGGUACUCCAAUUGAAAAGAUUCCAAUCUUUGAUCAUAAAGAAUUGAAUCUAUAUAAAUUGUAUAAUUGUGUAAUCUCAAGAGGUGGCUUAGAGGCAGUGAUCGAUAAUAAAUUGUGGAGACAAAUUACCACUGAUUUGGCAGUGGACCCAGAGAGAACGGAUGCCGGCUUUCGUCUUAGAAUUCAUUAUCUAAAAUAUUUAUAUCCAUAUGAAAGAAAACAUUACCUAAAGAUUGAAGAUGAUGAGCAAUUCGAUUAUGAAGCAUUUGAAAAACAUCUAUCAAAAUCGCCAGCCGAUAAAAAAACUUCUAUCUCAAGAAAAAAGAAACAACAAUUACAAAAUCAUUAUAACCAUCCUUCAAAUCAAAUACCUCAAAAUCAUCACCAAAGUUUACAUCAACAUAUACCACAUUCUCAAACUCCCCAUUUAAAUAAUAAUCAUCAUCAUCAUAAUAAUCAUUUACAACAACAACAACAGCAACAACAACAACAACAACAACAACAACAACAACAACAACAACAACAACAACAAUACCAUAUUUUACAACAACAACAACAACAACAACAAAACAUAAAUAGCAAUAAUAUUAGUAGUGGAAAAACAACGCCAUCACCUACCUCAUCACCAGGUGGCUUAAUUUCUUCUCCCUCUUCAUCACCACACAAUCGUCAAUCACAAAUUUUACCACAAUCUUCAAAUUUUAAUAGUAUAAAUAAUAAUAAUAAUAAUAAUAAUAAUAGUUUUAAUAGUAACAACAAUAAUAAUAAUAAUAAUAAUAAUAAUAAUAAUAAUAAUAAUAAUAAUAAUAAUAAUAAUAAUAAUAAUAAUAAUAAUAAUAAUAAUAAUAAUAUUAAUAAUAACAGUAAUAGUAAUAGUAAUAAUAAUAAUAACAAUAAUAUUACAAAUAAUUUAGUUUCAGCAAAUUCUUCUAUACCAUCACCUUCAAAUGUUUUAAAUAUUGGUAAUAAUUUUGAUAGUUUUUCAAAUGAUUCAAUUUUAAGUUUGUACAGUCCUUCCAAUUUCUCAACACCACAAAACUCACCCGCAGUAAAUUUGAAACUUUUGGAAAUUAAAUCUUUAAAGAAAUAUAAUGCAUAUCAUAGACUAAAGGUAUCACACUCUCCAUCAAGAACAGAGUUGGUUUCAGCAGUUAUUCAUCAUUUUUCACACCAAAAUAUUGAUGAAGAUACAAUUAUUACUUCAUUUUUAAAGAGAGUAAAAAGUGAAUCCUCAAGGAUAAGACAAUUAGAAAAGGUUUAA